AUGUUGUCAUCUAUAAAACAUUAUAACACUGUCAUCGGUGAUGGUCUUUUUGACUGUAACAAUGACUCUUCUGUUGUGGUAAUCCUCGUUCUUUACGAUUUUUUAAUUCCAAAUAUUCAUAAUCACCACCAUAGGCCUAUUCCGAUGAUACCAUACACAAAGAGCACAAUUUUUAAAACUCCCAAUCUCGAUACUAAUAAUACAAAAAUUAUCAAUCAUGAUGAUCACACGGACCAAAACUUUGUCGCGGAAAAUACUUAUUUAAUGCGAUUCUUGUUUCACAAAUUUAAAUUGAGAAUGAAAAAGUAUCAUGAAAAUGUUUGUUGUGGUUUUAGUGGAAAUUUCGAAUUAUGUGAAUAUAUCGCUCCAAGUGAAAUUCAAGAUCAAUUUUUAUAUCCAUACGAUGUAAAGAUUUCAUACAAAUUCAAAUUAAUUUUGGUGAGCGACAAUGGAAAGAGUAGAAUUCAAGCGUUUGAUUUAGAUUCUAAGGAAUUGUUAUUUAAAAUCAAUUUGAACUGUAAACCACUUUUUAUUGAAUUAGAUAUUUAUGAUAAUUUAUUGGUAGGAGCUGACGAUGAAUGUUUGUAUUUAUUUGACAUGGAGAGUAAGCAACAAUUGUGGAGGAGAGGGUUGAAAAACAAGCCAGGGAGAGGUCUCUAUCAAUUCUUUGGAAUUUCCUCAAUUACUGUGAAUACAAUAGCGACAGAUGCUGGUUAUGGAAAUAUUUUUGUGUGUGAUUCAUCAAAUAGUAGAAUUAAGGUACUUUCUAAGGAUGGUGAUUUUUUAUAUACAUUCGGAAAAUAUGUCAAACAGUCUUCUAUUCCCAUACAGACACCAUUUGGAUUGAAUUUGGAUCAUGAGGGUAAAAUUUUCGUAUCUGACCGAUUCAAUCAUCGUGUUCAUGUAGUGUCUCAAAAGGGUAACCAACUUCUCUUUACUUUUGGAAGUAGAGGAAGCAACAAUGGAGAAUUUCAAUUUCCAGGAAGUAUCGUUAUUGACAAGUUUACAAAAAAAGUACUGGUCAGUGACGAAUGGAAUUGUAGAAUUUCAAUUUUUUCGCAAGAUGGGACAUUUGAAAAUUGCUGCUCUGAGAGUGAUAUGGUACCGAGUGGCAUGUGUAUUGAUCAGAGAAAUGGUCAGUUAUUUGUUGCUGACAGAGCAAACAACAGAUUGAUUUUAUUCAAGUGA